UCCAGAGAAGAGAAUAAAAAGAAACCAGUUUUGGAAAGACUUGGAAAUUUGUUUGGUACAGGGAAAAGGAAGAACGUCAAAAGUUCACUAGAACACACUUCACAUCGGAAAGGGGAGAGUUCAGUUUCUCCUCACAGAGCGCAGCCAAUAUACUGUAGGCACAUACAGGAAGGAUACGGAGCUCCUCAAGUACAGAAGCAAGUGAGAAACGUGAAUGCCGUUUCUGAGACGCAAGAAUACAAUUUCAGUGGGGAAGUAGGGCCUCUGUAUCGUGAUACCAUUUCAGAAUGGAGUAGUAGGGGAGUCUCUUCUGACAGUGAGUGGUCAGCAGAUUGGAGCAGCAGCAGUGAAACCAUUAAAAACUCUUUCUUUGAGAGUAGUCUGAAUGUGGAAACCCUGGAAGCGGAGAAAGAAUCCAUCACAGAUAUAAAUAAUUCCACAACUCCAGAUUUCAUAAAAAGCUUGAGAAAUUUGUCUAGUGAAGACUUAGAAAAGAGUAUCCUAAGCCACAAGCAGCUCGUGAACACGUGGGUGUCUGAGGAGCCUGGGCAUGCAAAACCAAAGGAUUUGCCAUACGAGUUGCAAUCUGCAGCGAGUGAACACACACAUUCUGCUAGAGUGUUAACAGUUGAUAUCUAUCUAAGAAAAACAGACGAACUCCUUAAUGAACCUGUGACUGUUACAUCAGAAGAAAAUUGUAGUGACUCGGACACAAUGGAUAAAAAAUCUGCUAAUAAAAGAUCUGGAAAAAGGAGAAAAUCUCAGUCGUCUAGUGACAUUCCAAACGGAGAGAGAAACCAGACUGAGACUACUGCAAGAGAAGAAUCUGUUUUUGAGGAUGAUGUCCCUUCUGAAGUGUUUUCAGACAAGAUAAUAAACUUGGAAAGAAAAGCAAAGUCUCCUCAACAGACUCCUGAAAGGAAUUCUUCUUCCCCAGGUAACAAUCAGGACCUAAAAGUUGGAUCUGCUCACAAAGGGGCAUCUAAAACUGAAGCUGACAAAGGCAGACAGCAGAUCUCAAACACAACCCCUGCAAGGAGAAGAUCAUAUAAAAAGAAUCAGUCGGACGCUGUCCCUAUUUCCCCUACUGGUUUGAAGGGUCAGGUAAAAGAUUACUCCUCAAAAAGGCAACCUUUAGCAUCGCCAGAGAGUAACCCAAUGACAAAAAGAACUUCGGUGGAAAAGGGAACUAUACCUGUGGCUUUUGGGGAAGACAGCUUGGAGUCUCCCAAAGUUUCUUUGGCUGAUAAAACAGAAGACGCUGCCUUGGUGUUUGCUGAAGGCAGAAAUGAGACCAAGGCAGUAAAGCAUGGUAAUGGUUCGGAUGGAAGAGCUUUCUUACGUAUUGAUGGGAUUAAAAAUGGAGACCUGUGUACGUCAGCUGAGAGACAGACAAAUUCCGAUUUAGACAGCUUGAAGCUGAAGAGUUUGGAUGCUUCCAGAACAGUCACGACAAAGAUUAGCCUUCCAGCCAAACCGAAGAACAUAGAGCUGAAUUUUAAAGCACCUACGAAUCAAGACAGUUUAGAAAGUGAGCAGGAUACUCUUGAAAAACCAGUUAAUAAAACUAACAGCAACAUUGCCAACAAAAUUUCCUUGUUUGAAAAUAAAUGCGCUAACCAGAGUCAGAGGACCACUGACAUCCCUGCUUCAAAAAAUAGUACUGUACCAAGCACGUUUGUUGGCAGAGCAAAGCUGAAAUUUGGAAAACAACCUAAGGAAAGUGAACAGCCUGAUAAAACAUUAAAUAAGCAAAGCAGUCGCCAGAAGUUAUUUGAGAACGGCACACCAGAGAAAGAAAGCACUGCAGAAUUAAAAGGCAAAAAUGAAGAAGGCUCUGCCUCUUAUGAGGAUAUUGGGAAGACAACAGAACUUAAAGUAAAAGCUGCAAUAUCCCUUUUUAACCAAAGCAGCAAAAUUGAUGCUAGUAGUGUCUCUCUGAAACAACCCGAUCCAGAAUUAACCACUGCUAAGAAAGAAAGUUCACCUUUUAAACUGUCUUUGCACUCGCCCAGUAGAAGUGGAAAUACUCAAGAUACUUCCUACCAAAGAAAUAACACAAGCUCAGAAUUCCACAGAAAUGAAGAAAAGAUGCUGCCAAACACAGAGGUUUUAUCACCUUGCAACGAUGAUAAAUAUCCUUUACCAUCUCAUCAGGUUUCUAGAUCAGAAUUUAAGCAGAUGGAAAAUGGAGAUAAAAAGGCAAAGCCAGGAGAUUUGAGCUUUGCAGCAGUGCGGUAUGAUGACAGGAUUCAGGACAGUGUAUUGAUAUCAGAGCACAACCUCAAUGCACAAAAGAGCCCAGGCAAAACCUGUAAUGGAUCUGCUGAAGAUGAUAGCAUUUUUGAUUCCCCAUCUGACAUGAAGAAGUUUGCUGAAACAAUAAAAAACUUGGACAGCUCGGUUUGUUUACCCCAGAAAAAGAAGAGGUCAAAACUUCCCAAGUCCCCAGCACCCCAUUUUGCAAUGCCUCCCAUUCAUGAAGACAACUUAGAGAAAGUAUUUGAUCCUGGUGUAUUUACUUUUGGUUUGGGACUGAGGAGGGAAAAAACGCAGGAUCUGUUACCGGCCCAACAAAUUAAAAUGCAAAGCCUGGAAACGAUAGCCAGAGUCAGGCCCAAGCGUGCAUCGACAGAGCAAAGUAUCAUAUUCAAAGCCCUGCAAUCAUGUAAUAGAGAGGAACCUGCCUUUAUUCAGGAAAUAAAUGGAAAAGAGAAUAUUGAUGGUACAGAUGGUGAAAUUAAGAGAUCCCGGCUUGAAAAAAGCUCCCUCUUCUCAAGCUUGCUGUCUUCUACAUCUAAAGAAAAGUUUUUUAAUCCUUCUGUCACCUCAGUAAAUAACACUGCAACAGCUUUUACAACUGACUCCUCAGGGAUGCCUCCUUUACAACAGGAUGCUUCUGGGCCAUUCGGCAUGCCUCAAAAAUCUGAGUCUCUUUCAGAUAUGAAGUUUCCAAGUUUUGUGGAGAAGUACAUGCAAGCAGAUAGUGCAAAAAAAGAACUAAGUUUACAAAUGCCCAACUAUGGGAACCCUGAGAAAAGUUUUUCCAGCUGGUUAGGGACAAGCAGAUAUGAAUCAAGUGUCCCCACUGGUUUAUUAGAUGUGGAUGCACUUUCAAGAAAUGGGCAAAGUAAAAUCAAUCCCAGACCUGGCAAGCUGGUGAUAUACUGUGAAUCAGACUAUCAAAAAAAUGGUAUUGAAGUUUUCCAUGAUGUUCUGGAUUGCAGUUCUUGGGUUCUGUCACCAAGAAUUUUAGUUAAAGUCAUCAGAGGAUGCUGGAUACUCUAUGAGAAACCAGAUUUUGAAGGUCCCUCUAUUCCCCUGGAAGAAGGAGAGCUGGAACUCCCAGAUAUUUGGGGUGCAGGUACUUCUGAAGAGCAAAAUGAAUGCAAAUCUCUAAAGCCUGCAGUGAUUGGCUCAAUAAGACAUGUUGAUUACAGGGUUUGCCGAAUUGAUUUGUAUACAGAACCUGAAGGGUUAGGAAUCGUGACUUCCUUUUUUGACGACACUGAAGAAACAGGGGUGUUCGGCACCACUCAGAAGACUUGUUCUAUCAAAGUACACUGGGGCAUAUGGCUAAUUUAUGAAGAACCUGGUUUCCAGGGAGUCCCUUUAAUGUUGGAGCCUGGUGAAUAUCCUAAUUUAGCAUUCUGGGAGAAGAAGGAAGCCUACAUUAGGUCCAUGAGGCCCUUGAAAAUGGGUGGUCGCAAAGUUGAAUUCAGUGGAGAGCCAAAGGUAAUCAUUUAUGAGAAGCCUUUCUUUGAAGGGAGACAUGUGGAAAUAGAAUCAGAGAUCUUUAUGCUUGAUGACAAGGAGUCAGAAGAAAAGACAAGACUUCCACUUACAUCAGUGGGAUCCAUGAAAGUACUGGGAGGAGUUUGGGUCGCUUAUGAGAAGCCUGGGUUUGAAGGCCAUCAGUACUUGCUGGAAGAAGGAGCGUAUCGGGAUUGGACAGACUGGGGUGGCUAUGAUGAAGAGUUGCAGUCACUGCGACCAAUUGUUGGCGACUUCACAAGCUCCCAUAUGAUAAUGUACAGUGAAAAAGACUUUGGAUCAAAGGGUUCCAAUAUUAAUGUGUUAGGAAUUAUUUCCAAUUUGAAAGACACUGGAUAUGGGCUGAGGACACAGUCUAUAAAUGUGCUAAGUGGCGUGUAA